AUGAUUCCUUGUGGCAAGUUCUUUGUUAGGUGCUCUGCUCUUUGUGUUCACGAAACGUUCAAUGAUGAGGAUGAGGAUGAGGAUGAGGAUGAGGAUGAGGAUGAGGAUGAGGAUGAGGAUGAGGAUGAGGAUGAGGAUGAGGAUGAGGGUGAGGGUGAUAAGGCCGGUGGGGAUGAUUAUAAGAAGAAGUGCGAAUUUUUACUACGGCGAUAUGCAACACAACGCAGAAUCCGAGGUUACCCGUAUAUGUCAGACUAG